AGGGACGCCCAUGCAGCCUGCCCGUUCGCGGGAUUCGAACCUCGGUCCGAACUACCAGUGUUCAGCGGCUUUUACCGUAACAACAAGUCAAGAGGUUAACCAGAAAUUUCGAAAUAUUUUGUUAAGUUUCCCAAAAAGGUAUUCGAAGACUGGGACACGUUAUUGAUGGAACCAAGCUCUUCAAUGAUUUCUUUGAGCUAAUAGUAGCAAAUAAACCUAGAACACACAGCACAAGAAAAUUGGAGAUUGUUAUAGGUAAUAAUAGGGAAUAUAAAGAAGUAUAACAAGAGAAUGGAAUACAGGGCUGCAUCCAAAGAAGCAGAAUGUCUUCUAUUAUUGCUAAUUACAAGUCAAACAUUCGAAAUUCUUUCGGAGCCGUGUUCAUGUUAAUAAACGUAUUAUCCAGUCAUUUCUCACAUUCCAUUAAGGGCUGUUACAUUCCUUUUUCGACAUUGUCUUCUGAAAGCACACUGCAGAUUAUCUUUUUCCAACAUACGGCAUUUAUAUUUUGGAGAACUCCGUUUAAAAUGCCAGUGCCAAGUAUUCUAUAUGAUUGAUUUACUUUCAUAUUACAUUAUAACAGACUGACUGACAUGGCGGAGCAUUCAGAACUCGUCGCUGAAAUGGCAGUAGUGGAGAAAAUGAGUACGCAAGAACGUCUUAAGCAUGCGAGAAAACGAAGACUACAGCAGCUAAAGCGGUGGAGCCAGCGUGAGAAAGAGUACCAACAGACAAAGAGAAAGAAAAGCGGUAACGCAAUCAUGGACACUAUUCCCAGAACAGCUAAGAACAGCAAGACUUAUAAGGUCCAUUUUGUUCCAAGCGUCAUGCUUCUGGAAGCAGCAGCACGGAAUGAUGUUGAAGAAGUGCGGCGAUUACUAUUGCUUGGAGUAAGUCCCGAUUCUACAAAUGAAGACGGUUUAACUGCACUUCAUCAAUGCUGUAUAGAUGACAGUGAAGCCAUGAUGAAAUUGCUACUGGAAUUUGGUGCUAAUGUGAAUGCUAAGGAUAGUGAACAGUGGACUCCUCUUCAUGCAGCUGCAACCUGUGGUCAUUUGCACUUGGUUCGAUAUCUCAUAUCAAAAGGAGCGGACUUGCUGGCUGUGAAUGCUGAUGGCAAUAUGCCCUACGAUAUAUGUGAAGAUGAGGCCACUUUGGACUAUAUUGAGUCCGAGAUGGCUAAAAAAGGAAUUACUCAAGAAAUGAUUGAUGAAACGAGGGCCAUAUCUGAAAAACAAAUGCUUUCCGAUUUAAAGAUCCUGCUAGAAGAAGGUGGAGACAUAGAGUACAGAGAUCAUCAAGGUGCAGCACCACUUCACAUAGCAGCUGCAAAUGGUUAUGUAAGUGUUGUAGAAUUCAUCCUGGAUAACCAUGGUUCAACAAAUGUAUGUGACAAUGAUAUGUGGCAACCCAUCCAUGCUGCAGCCUGCUGGGGACAUCCAGAUGUGAUAGAGAUGCUUGUACUUGCUGGAGCAGAUUUAUCUGCGAAAACCAAAAAUGGAGAAACACCUUUCGAUAUAUGCGAAGAUCAAGAUUUGAAGGAUCGUAUAAUGCAACUGAAGAACGAAAUAGAGACAAAGAGGGCAUCUCAACCUCAAAAACUAAGAAGAUCUCAGAGCCAAAACACAAGAAGUCAAUCUGUACGAAGAACGAGCAUCAGAGAUAAAUCUCUCAUAUCUCGAAGGGAAGCACGAGAAGAAGCUAGGAUGAGGCAUGAACAGCAAGUGCAGAGUAGCACGGAUGAUGAUGAUGAAAUCAAAGUUCAGCAUGAUAUGAGAACAUCAGAAAAAGAAAUGUUACCAACAAACCAAGACUAUAAAGAUGACGAUAAUGCAAUGCAUUUAGUAACAAAUAAAGAUACACUGCAAAGAGUGAAAGCUAAGAAUAUGAAGGACACAAUAGAUAUAAAAGAAGGUAACCAGUUCAUUCCUCUUGACCAAAAUGAAGAUGAUGUCCACAUGCAUACACAAUAUUUAAAUGCUAUUAAUGAUAGUAUGACAGAAGAGUUUAAUAAACAAGCUGAUGAUGCUUCAUCGUGUGAACUCAAUGAAACAAUGGUAAGCACACCUGUAAUACAACACGGUCAGUCUGAAUCUGUCAAAGUUGAAAUCCAUGUCACAGUAAAUACAAGUCCCACAUAUCCGCCAAAUCACGGAACUCUGGCUGAUCUUAAAAAACACAGAUCAGACAUGCGGAGUAGAAGCAGCCUGAUGUUAACAUCAUCGCAGCAAGAUAUCUCAGAAAAAGCAGCUCGGAAUGGCCAUACUUUUAGUGCCACUUACUUGUAUGAUAGACCACCGUCACCAACAAUAUCUUUGAGACGUUUCUGCAGUGAUCCUUCUGAAAUUGUUGGAGGAGAGCCUCACAAGCAAGGUUGCUGUAUUGUGAUGUAAUUUAUUUAAACUAUUGCUGUAAAUAUGUUACCUUUUUUUUAGCCAUGAAAAUUUAUAUAUAAAGUGUAUUUUCAUUUAGAUUAAAGCAGUAGAGCAAGUAAUGUGCAUUUCAUGUAAGAAGAAAAA